GAGCCCCUCUCGAUCGAUCACUCAAAGAAGCUCGGUCUAUGCUUUCAACAUGGCAGAUUUCCGGUUAGUGUACACAUGGCAACGUAAUGGGCGUCGUUUCUAGGGAGAUAUAAUCAUAGACUUCAAAACCACAUGCCACAGAUGGAAGGAAAUGGGACAGUAUUAAACUCAAGCCAUCAAAAUGUGACAAUUAACUUGGCGUGCCAGUUCCUAUGAUCUAGAUCUUGUUAACUGGAUUUGGAUUGAAAUAUUUCUCUGGGAAGUGCCCAUAAAUUAAAAGAUCAACAAGGGGAUUAUAUAACCAGCAUCUUCAGAAAAUAACCAAUAUGGUCGAGUUGUUGUAAAACGGUAAUACUGCUGAAUGAUCAAAAUGACACAUCGGUUUCAUGAUUAGCUUAGCUACUUUGCCGAUUCCCAGCUGAACAAAAAGACCUUUUAAGACGACAGACAUGAACAAUAUUCAACUUCAUAUCUUGCCAAAUAUUAUGUUUGAAAACAUAGUACUGUAAACUCCUAUCAUGAGCAACUUCAAUACACCAGUGCCCAAUGCCUCCCGCUCGGCAAUCUCUUUGGGUGGAGAGUGGCGCAAUCGGGAUCAGAUGGAGGCCAACAAAUACAAGAUGAGUGGAUUGACGGUCCUGAAUAAAAAGAAAGCCGGGAAGGCUGCAGCAAAGGAAAAGUCCAGACCAAGAUCCACCCCCACAGCUGAAAUACAGGAAUGCGAGGAAGGAGAAGUGCCCAAAAGUGCACCCCCUGGAGGCAGACAGAGAUGCGGGAGAGUCAACGAAGUGGAGUCCCCUGAACCUACAGCACGCAAAACAUUAGAAAAUCACUUGCCAUUGAAGAAGUGUGGGAGCGCUGGGAAACCAGAUGAAAGCGGGAAACAGUUUGACCUUGGGCCUGGAAUGACAAUGACCAAGUCAAGAAGUAAAGUAGCCGUCACAAUCAACACAGGAGGAGGAGAUACACCGCCUCCAAUCAUUAGGAGAUAUGCAGAACCAACACAUUCUGUUGGCGACCCGGCAAAGCCUCAAUUAUUGGCCAAUUUAAGAGGUCCUAUAAACAAUGGGCAUAGUAAACAUUGGUCAGACAGGAGUUCCUCAGGGUUUGGUUCAAACUCCCUUUUGGGUAGCGGUAGUCUGCUCCCUCCCCAUACCACUUCCCCACACAGUUCCCCUACCCUUGACAGAAAGCUUGAGACUAUCCCUGCAGGGGUGACCUUCAUGGCAAGGUCAUCCAGCCCCUCUAUUGCGAUGUCAGCUCAAGAUGCACUCAUAGCCCAACUACAACAACAAGUCUCUGAUCUCACCCUUUAUCUGGAAGAAGAAAGGCUGAACCACAAAACUAGCAAAGAAAAGGCUGGAAACCUUCUGAGGGAGAAGCUGAAGGAGCUUGAUAGAAAACACACAGAGAAGUUCCAGAAAUACAAACAGGACCAAGAAGAUCAAGUUGCUAUGUUAAAAGAGGUCCAAACCAAAGAGAUUAAUCACAUCAAGUCUGGCAGUGAGAAAGCUUUGGCAAGGAUGAAAGGAGAGUUGGAAUUCCUUCAGGGGGCAUUCGAGGCCUACAAGAGAACCCUGACACAAGACAUGGUGGAGAAAUGGACCAAGAAAGAGAGUGAUAUGAAGAUGAAAUUCCAUGAAGAAAUGGAGAAAGAACUUUCAGAACAAAGGGCAGAGCUGCUGGAGGAGAAGAACUUAGAACGGAAUGCUCUGAAUCGGGAGUUCCAGAAACAGAUGCACAUCCUUUCACAAGAACAUAAGGGAGAGAUAGAGAAACUGAUGAAGCGAUUUGCUGGUGCUGCAAUGGAUGUUGAAAACCUUAGGAAAGCUCUUGAACAGAUCAAGACUCUACGGGGAGAAUUGAACAAUGCCCUGGAAGCUUUAGAGAUCAGCAAAGAAGAAGCUGCAUCCUUCAAAGGUCGAUUAACAGAAGCUAAAAUGAUGCUGAUUGAUUACCAGGAGAAUUUCAGCGGGAAAGUGGAUGAAGUAGACGGGAAAUACAAAGAGAAGAUUCACCUCCUUAUGACUGAGAAUGCAGAACUAAGGAAACGCUACAUGCAGAAAUGCAAUGAACUCUUCAAUGAGAAAUCGAAGACAGAGUAUAACAGAGUAGAAAAGGUCAUGAAUACAAAAGAAAUGAUGAAGAUGUUAGUACACGUCCGAAAUCGCUCCAAUGUGAGUCUGGCUUGCUCUGACCCUGCAGCUGAUGCCAAACCUCGUCUUCUGGUGACCCGUCCUGUGAGUGCACCCAGCACACGCAAAGAGGCCCACAAGGCCCACCGUAUGGCUGGAGAAACGGAUCAUCUCUCUGGCCCUACUCUUCAAAGGCCUCAUACCACGAUGUUAGCGACAAGGCCUGCACCGCCUAGAGAAAACCAUGGACUAAUUGAUGCAUUUGGGAGUGCACACUCGUUGCAAUCUUUAUGAGAUUGUUUAUUGUAUUACCAAUGAGUGUAUCCUAUAUUUACUUGACUGUGUUCCAUCACUGCAUCCCGUCGACUACCAAAAUCCUGAAAAUUCACUCGAAAAUGAAAUGAAAAUGAUGUUCUCUAGCAGAUUGAAAAUUAUUCUUCCGUCCCUUUCGCUGGUUAAUAAUACUACCUCAACGUCAUAUACUAAUAUUAUUGGCACAGAAGAACCUUAACACAAUACUUUUUAGUCAAUAACUUAUAAGUAGUUGAUUCUUGUUUUACCGGCAUAGAUCUAAUCUAAUCAAAUUCUU